AGAAACACCACUCUCAACUGUGACUCGAAUCUCUUCAGAAUGGCGGGAGAUGUCGAUCAAUACGUCUGGUCUGUCAGCAAUCUCACGGCGCUCUGCACGACUGCUUGCCUCCAGGAGUCGAGCAAUUGGGUCAUGAACGUGGAAGAUGUCUGCGACGGUCAGACUCAUACAAAUUCGGGCAAGCUUGUGCCCGUCGAUACCAUUCCGGCGCAGUUCCACGAGGGUCUGAGCUUGGCUUGUCUCAAGCCUGGUGCGCUACGCUAUCUCAACGAGGACAAUGAGACUGAAGAGGCCGAUCCCGAGAUUUCAAAGUGGUGUUUUCUGGUGUCGCAGAAUCUCCAAGGCGUCGACAGCGAGUCUGACUGCGACAACGAGCCAGACAGCAUUUUCUGCACUGAUCCCGAUACCAUGGAUCGAAUGGCGAACCUCUACCCGGACAAUGUGUUGUGUGACCCGUGUGUUCUCUCGAUCAUGUGGUUCCGCCUAAGCUCUGAGUUCCUUCCGGACGAUGACCGCUCGGACUGGUUGAUGGCGCAAUAUUUGGACAUCACCCAUCUCUGCAACAUCACCAUGCCAGAGCCUAUCAUCCGAGCCCUGCCAGAGUACGCUCUUGCUCCGUCUCCGUCAUUGCCCGUAAUCAGCAAUUCGACUGGCAACUCCACAUCAAACGCAACAUGCGAGGACCAGCUGAUUAUGCUGGAUGGCUCCGGAUGUGACGAACAGGCCAAGAAAUACAGCAUCAGCACUGGCGAUCUGCAGUUCGCAUCUCGUUCCCGCAACUGCUCGUCCACCAACGCAAUCUGCGCGCCUGAGAGCUGUGAUCUUCAACAAGUCGGCUUCAAUUCCUCCUGUAGCGGGCUUGCCGCGGCAUACUCUUCCGCCUCUUUGAACAUCACUAUCUCGCUGUUCAUGAGCUGGAAUCGUCAUAUCCUUGGUCUCUGCAACAACUUGACAGUCGGGCAAUACGUAUGCUCUAGUCCACCGGGCGGAUUUUACCAGCUUCCGCCACCUCUUCCCGGCUCCAGCUUCAAUGGAUCUGGUCCUGUCCGAGGCGGUCAGGGCUCGGACAUACUGUUCCCGAAUUCGACUUCGUCUUUCCCUCCGACCAGCACACUCCCAUUCCCGACUCAGAGCGGCAUCACUCCCGACUGCAACAAGUACAUGGAUGCUAAGAAGGGAGACUACUGCUCGAAAUUUGCGACCGACAAUGGCAUCAGUGAGGAGCAGCUGUACGACUGGAACCCGAUCCUGGGAAAAGAUGGCGCAGACUGCGACACAAAAUUUCAGGCUAGUACCGAAUAUUGCGUCGGUAUCUCGUUGGUCUCAUCUGGUACUUCGUUUGACGCUACAUCGGCCGCUGCUACUUCGAACGCGGCCACUGACGUCGCUACGUCCAGCGUUGCUACUCCAUCGAGCACAUCCUCCACCCUCCCUCCGAUGCAGAGCGGCAUCAGCUCGAAAUGCAACAAGUUCGACGUUGCGAAGAAAGGCGAUUAUUGCAGCAAGUUCGCUACGGAUCACAGCAUCUCGGCCGGAGACCUGUACACCUGGAAUUCGAUUCUGGGCGAGAACGGGAAAGACUGCGACACGCUUUUCCAAGCAGGCGUACUGUACUGCGUUGGCGUUUCGUCGUAA